UAAACUAUGACCUGCAUACCUUAGUCACCGGCGAAAGAGGGAAUCGGCCAUUCAGAAAUGACUAAUUCUUUAUGACCAGAUCGCAGUGUAGCGUGUACAACAGUGUAGUACAUCUUGUUGUGUUUCAAUGCUGUACUGUGCAAUAUUCUCUCAGUAUGACUUGGUGACUGGCUUCAUCGUGCCAAUUAAUUUUUAACAGCCUAUGUUUUACAUAGCGUCGCGAUCGAAAAGAAAAUGUCGCCUACGGAAAGAGUCGACCUCUCAGGUACCUGGAAGAUGGUGCAGGUAGAGAACUUCGAUGCGUAUCUACAGGCUCUAGGCAUUGGGUUUGUACUUCGUGCCAUCGCCAAGAUGUUGAGCAACACCCAAAUCAUCGAGCAAGAUGGAGACAGCUUUUACGUCAAGGACAUCAACACCUUACAGACGCACGAAGUCACCUUCCAGAUAGGAGUUCCAGUGGAGGGGACCACCGUGAUAGGGAAGUACAGGGUUACCGUGACCUGGGACGGAGACGUUUUACGAGGCUACACCGAGACAGACAAGGGGAUCAUCCGGACGGAGCGGUACAUACGGGAGGAUGGCACCAUGCUCUAUGCCAUGACAGCUCCGAACGGCGUGAAAACUACACAGAUAUUUGUCAAGCAAUGACGUCUAGCGGCCGUCUGUGUGAACUACAUGUGCGCUGUGACGUCGACUCCGUUCUACCUCACAAACAAAGAGACGCGUCAUCAGACCUAUUCUGAGAGAAAAACAUUGCACCAUCAAGUAUGAAAGCGUCAGCGGACCAAGCAAACAAACAAAAACUUUGGAAGUAUUACUUGGUGAUUUAGUCAACAAUGCCAAUUCAAAAGAAAGAAAGUGAAAGUGAUGUUGAACCAGAACUACUCUUCCACUGGGCAUGGACACAAACACAUUUGAUAGAACACCACAAACACCUUAACGUUAAUUACUUUGCGGAGGUUUGUGUCCUACGGACUCAUGUUUGGUGACUGACUUUGUCGCGUGACCUUGGUCACGUGGGUCUAUUUUUGACAGAAGUAGCGGAACAGAAGUAAAAAAAAA